UGACCAAAAGUUUGAAAUCUCAUUAGCGGUGACAAAUUUUCUUUGACUUGUUUGUUUGUGUUUAGAAUCAUGUAUAGGAUGGGAGAUGGCCCUAGUACUACUGUCAAACUUCCUCCUGGUUUUCGAUUCUGCCCAACAGAAGAAGAACUUGUCCUUCACUUUCUCUUUCCCAAGGCAUCACUCUUGCCAUGCCAUCCAGACAUAAUUCCUGAUCUUGAUCUUUGUAUCCAUGAUCCUUGGGAAUUACAAGGCAAGGCAUUGUCAAGUGAAAGUAUAUACUACUUCUUCAACAAGGUGACAGAAAAUCGAGCCACAAAAAGUGGGUAUUGGAAGGAAUUGCACAUCGACAAGCCUGUCUUCACAAGUGCUGGAAACAAAGUGGGAAUCAAGAAAUAUCUUCUUUUCUUCAUUGGUGAUGCUCCAGCUGGUUUUGAAACUGCUUGGAUGAUGCAGGAAUAUCACCUUUGCAACUAUGGGGCGUGUAGUGAAGUGGUUGUAUGCCGAGUUCAUGAGAGGAAGGGCAAUCUUGAAGAAUGCUUCUGCUACAGUGAUGAUGAAGAUAAUGGAACAGAGCUUUCAAGCCCAGAUGAAAUGUUUCUGUCAAUUAUGGAUGAUCUUGAUGAGAUAAGUUUUGCCCAACUAGUAUAGGAUUAAGUGUUAGAUUAACUAGUUACUACAUGUAUACGAAAUGCAAAUCUUAGUUAAAGAAUAAAUUUGAUAUUUUAACUA